UAUUAUUUAUUUCUGGAUCUUAUCGGUGAGGGAUCUUGGAGACCCGCGCGGGUUACGCUAUAUUGGGAAAAAUAAACGGGAAAAACGAUAAAAGAUCUCCCAGCUUCUUCGUCCAUCCCCUACACUCUCUUCCCCCUUUGCCCUCUCUCUCUCUCCGAUCCUUUGUAGGCCGAUUCUUCCUCACCGGAGAGAAAGCCCUUCAUCCCAUCACGAGUUGUUCGAGGUUUCUGUUAACGAUUUUAAGAUGAAUAUGUGGAUCUCAAGGGAUUUGUUCAUCCAUGUGCUCAAUUUCAGCUGUCUUUGAAGGACAUUUGAGCACACUAUGUCAGACAUGAAGGCUGCUGAAGCCAAUGAGCAGUUGUCUGCAGACAAUAAUGUCAAAGAAAAGGUUGAUGAGGAUGCUUCUGAUGAGGGCCCUCUAAUCUUGGACCAAACUGAAGAGAAUGCCAUGCCAUCAUCCCAAGAAGAGGAGGAAGCAGUAAAGAAGAAAUAUGGAGGGAUGUUACCGAAAAAACCACCACUCAUAUCGAAGGACCAUGAACGUGCUUACUUUGAUUCUGCUGACUGGGCUUUAGGAAAGCAAGGAGGGCAACCUCACAAGCCCAAAGGACCCCUUGAGGCACUUCGGCCUAAAUUGCAGCCUACACCUCAACAGCAAGUUCGUUCCCGCCGCUCAGUCUAUGCAUCUAGUGAUACUGAAGAUGGUGGUAAUGCUGCAGCUGAGGAUGUGAACAAUAAUAACAGCACGGACUGCGAGAACGGCAACAACCCAUAAUUGCAUGUUCUACAGUGCUACUGUUGGCGUGCUUUGCUCUAAUUCCUCUCUUACAAAAUGCAAUGAGUCCAUUUGUAGCUUCCAUGAAUAAAUAGUGGUGAUGAUGAUGAUGUUAUUUUAUUUCAUACGAGAAGUUAAUGUUGCAGUGUUGGUGGCAGCCAAGACUUGUGCUAUUAGACUUGCAGCAUGUAAGGCUUUUUAGUCUCAGAUUGAAUCGUCUGAUAUAAUAAAUUUUAUAGAUGGCAUGGCAUUAAAAGUGCAUC